AUGGAACGAAAUGCGUGGGCCCUGCAUGAAAUUGGCUGGCUGGACCUCAUAUACUUGCCAGAGUCUUUCAAACCCAAAAGUACUAUUGAACGUUUGGCCCAAUUACCACGAAAACAAGGGCCGUGCACGGCCUUUGGGCCCACCACAGCCCAUUAUCCUCUCACCCUUAAUAUACGCCUCGACCUCUUCACUAACCAUCUCCCGAACCCGGCUCAUUUCGGGCCGGGCCUUCGGCUGCUUCACCAUGCACCGGCUGGCCACGAUCGAGAGCCGAAGGGCCGACUCAAGGGCUCGUUCCCUAUCGAGCCUUGGGUCCAAUAUCUUGCGAAAUUUUGUUGGGCUCUUGAGGUUGGGCUUGAUCCAAACGAGGAGCUUUUGCUCGGGCUUGGGCCUGUUGCGCUCGAGGGGCCGCCUGCCGGUGAUGAGCUCAAAGAGGAAUACACCGUAGCUAUAGACGUCGCUUUUUGA